ACGCCCUUUCUCUCUUUCCUCGAAGAUCGACAUCCAUCGAAUUAGAUCACGAAUUUGCUCCGUCCUACGCUUCUCCUCCACGUCACGGCGAUUCUCGCGGCGGUUCUGUUCCUUACCUGUUGAGGUAUACGAAAAAUGUUCAAUUCGAUGCAGAUACUGCCACUAGAGGCUCCUCCUGCUGACGGUAACCUAGGUCCACUUCCUCCGUCGCAAUUAACGGAUGAAGAAAUCAAAGAGAAAGAGUUGCAAACAGAGCAAAACAAUUCAAUUCAAGCUCCCAUAGCUGUGGCUACUCAUACAAAGACGAUCGGAAUCAUUUAUCCACCUCCUGAUAUCAGAAAAAUCGUCGAGACAACGGCUCAUUUUGUUUCGCAAAACGGUUUAAAGUUUGAAAACAAAGUUAAAACAGAGAAAGCCAAUAACCCUAAUUUCAACUUUUUGAAAAGUGAUAAUCCUUAUCAUGCCUUUUACCAGCACAAGAUCGCUGAGUACUGUGCUCAGAUUCGAGACGGAGCUCAAGGUACUGAUUUUGAUGAUACAGAAGAUCCCCAACUUGAUCCUGCUGCUUCUGCUGAUGAGUCUCAUGCAAAACCUGACCUUCAGGAUCAAUUUAGGGUUCCUCGUAAGACUUUAGAAGCUCCUGAACCUGACAAGUAUACAGUUAGACUUCCUAUAGGGAUCAUGGAGGAGGAGCUUGAUAUUAUUAAGCAUACAGCGCAGUUUGUGGCGCGGAAUGGGGAAUCAUUUUUAAGGGGACUGAUGAGUAGAGAGAUGAACAAUUCUCAGUUUCAGUUUAUGAAACCAACACAUAGUAUGUUCACUUUUUUCACUUCUCUGGUUGAUGCGUAUUCAGAAGUAUUGAUGCCUCCCAGAGACUUGAAAGAAAAGCUGAGAAAGAGUGUCGCUGAUUUGACGAUUAUUCUUGAGCGUUGUUUGAAUCGGCUUGAAUGGGAUCGUUCUCAGGAGGAGGAGAGGAAGAAAGAAGAGGAUGAGAAAGAGAAGGAGAGAGUGCAGAUGGUUUUGAUAGAUUGGCAUGAUUUUGCAGUUGUUGAGUCGAUAGAAUUUGUAUACGAGGAAGAUGAAGAGUUGCCAGUGCCUAUGACACUUGAGGAGGUUAUAAGGAGGAGCAAAGUUUCUGCCAUGGAAGAAGAUGAAAUUGUUGAGCCUGGAAAGGCGGUUGAAAUGGAAAUGGAUGAAGAAGAAGUUAAGCUUGUUGCAGAAAGAAUGAGAGCAGCGAACCUAGAAGAGUAUGUUGGCUCUGUGGAGAUUGAAAAUGUACACUGUGAAGAAGCACCAAUGAGAAUUGUUAAGAACUGGAAGAGGCCAGAAGAUAGGUUUUUGACAGAGAGAGAUUCGAGUAAAGUUGUUAUAUCACCAAUUACUGGUGAGCUCAUUCCCAUUACCGAGAUGUCUGAGCACAUGAGGAUUUCACUUAUCGAUCCUAAGUUCAAAGAGCAGAAAGAUCGGAUGUUUGCUAAGAUUCGUGAGACCACACUUGCACAAGAUGAUGAGAUUGCUAAAAACAUAGUUGGGUUGGCCCGCCUGCGUCCUGAUAUCUUUGGAACAACAGAAGAAGAAGUCUCAAAUGCUGUAAAAGCAGAGAUUGAGAAGAAAGAUGAGCAACCAAAACAAUUAAUAUGGGAUGGUCACACUGGAAGUAUUGGUCGCACAGCAAACCAAGCCUUGACUCAGAACUCUAACGGAGAGCAAGGCGAUGGAGUUUAUGGUGAUCCCAAUAGCUUCCCUGGUCCAGCCGCUCUUCCUCCUACUCGACCAGGUGUCCCAACAGUCCGGCCAUUGCCACCACCUCUUAAUCUCGCCUUGAACCUCCCUCGUCCUUCUCCUUCUGUUCAGUACCUUGGUGCACCAAGGCCAUUAGGUGUUCCAAUGAUGCAGCCCAUGUAUCAACAACACCACCUCUCUAUGACUGGGCCACAUGGACACCCUUCGAUGAUGAUGAAUCGACCACCACAAAUGCAGCCUGUUAUGCAUGUGCCGUCUCCACCGGGAUCUCAGUUUGCUCAACCUUAUGGUCAGCUUCCACCGCAUUCGAUGGGGAUGAUGCACGUGCACCCACCACCUAUGCCUGAAAUGCCUCUUCCACCACCACCCGGGGAGGCACCACCGCCUCUUCCUGAGGAGCCAGAGACAAAGAGACAAAAGUUCGAUGAGUCAGCCCUUGUUCCAGAAGACCAGUUUCUUGCUCAGCAUCCGGGUCCGGCUACAAUCAGGGUUUCUAAGCCAAACGAGAAUGAUGGACAAGUCAUGGAGAUCACAGUGCAGUCGUUAUCUGAAAACGUGGGAAGUUUGAAGGAGAAAAUAGCUGGGGAGAUGCAAAUUCCAGCAAACAAACAGAAGUUAAGUGGAAAAACUGGAUUCUUAAAGGACAACAUGUCACUUGCACAUUACAAUGUGGGAGCAGGAGAAAUCGUUACACUGUCUUUGAGAGAACGUGGUGGGAGAAAGAGAUAGAGACCGUUGGUGGACACAGGGAAAUGCUUUUUAAUCUCUUAAUUCUUCUUCUUUAAUAGAUGGUUUUAUUGGUGUCCAAAGCUAUAUGUACUGCUCUCUUAUGCACACCUCUUUAUUCUUGGCUCAUUAUAUCUCUACUAUUACUGACUUAGGUGUGUUUUGGUUGUGCAGCUAGUUUUGGGGCAACGUUUUGCUCUGUAAUCUUAAAAGAACAUAUUUGAUACUUAGUUUUGUGCGUUUUUACUGUUGUUCUGCAUUUUUAGUGAAGUUUUGCUUCUCUUCUUUGUAGGUACGAUACGAGGAUGCAGCUUUGCGUGGAAAGGCUCAUCACUGUCGAAGAAAAUGUUUGGUUCUACUCUGAUGCUGUCACCUCCAGAGACCAGAACUCUUUGUCUCGGCUAAGUUUGUUUCCAAACACGGCUUAGAGUAGAGUAUGAGAAGAGGAUUAUAAAUAAUAUCGUCCAUAAUGCUUGUAGUAUUGAACAAGGCUACAUAAGAUUGGUAAGCUUGAAAUGAUAUGAGAAAAUUAGAAAAACUGAAAAAGACUUCGAGUUUGUGUUUUGAAAAUUCAGAAUUACUAAAGAAAAGUAAAGUUACAAAAGCAAAGUAGCUUAUACAUGAACUAUUACAACAUUCUGAAAUGACCCAUACCCAUCUUGGUGAUUCAGAGACCAUGCAUUGAGAGCUUAUGGUCUUUGACUUAUUGGUACAAAACAAGUUGAAUAAAAAAAAAAGAGAAUUGGGUUUUGAAAUUAAUAUCAUCCUAAGAGUUUGGUUUGGUCCUAUAAAUGUCCUAAGGCUUGAUGGUUUCAAGAGAAGGUGUGACAUAAGAAGAAGAGGAAGAUGAUCGGAGACAUGAUUGUAUACUUCUCCGGGAAGGGAAACAAAGACAAGAAAAGAAGACAACUCUCAUAACUCUUUUAAGAACUUGUCCUCUCUUCGGGACUAGACAAGCUUCUCUUUCACCCAUUUCUCUCUCUCUCUCCCUCUCUCUCUGCCCGGUUUAUUUCGGUUUGGUUUAGUAAUAGAGAUGAUGAUGUGUCUCUGCAAGCUGGAACUGCCGACGUGAGUUUAUAGUGAAGAAGAGUUGGGAGAGUUAAAAGAACCGCGUGAAAAUUCUCAAGACGCGUUGGCCCGUUCUUAUUUUUCUUCUUAUUGCAAAUUCAUUUAUAAUUUGGGAAUUUAAAUAUUUCUGGGAUCUAUAUAUGUUUUGCAUAUAAGUGAUUACUAUAGGUUUAGUUUAAAGUACACUGUUCAGAGUUUGAAGUGGUCGUAGACUUUCUUU